AUGAACGGUGCUGAUAAGGUUCGUGCCGGCGAGGGUGAGAUGAUGAACGGUGCUGAAAAGCUUCGUGCCGGCGAGGGGUUUCAGCAGAAUGAGAAAAAGGAAGCAGGUGAAGAAGAAAUUGGGUCAACAGCCGGGAGUUUGUUGGGUUCAACACUGAUUCGGACGAGUUUGUUAUCAGUCUCAUAUGGAAGCGAGUUGCAGAGUUCUUCCCCAAGGGGAAGAAGAGGAAAAAGAUCAGAGGCUUUUUGGCCUUCUUUUGUGAUGAAAAAAUGGUUUAAUAUUAAGCCUAAGGUGAAUGAUUUUAGUGAAGAUGAAGUUGAUACUGAAACUGAGACUACAUCAUUCAUAGUAUUACAGAGAAUCCUGAUAAAAAAUGAUAGUGGCCUUGGUCAGGAAGAUAGAAAGCAGACUUCAACAAACUAUCAAUUUGGCCCUUUUGCUCUGGCCUUUGUAUCCAAAUCCAAAACUUUUGAGAAUACUAAAGCAAAGCAGGUGCAUGAUUGGGAGAGUCUAGCUACUGAACAUUCCCCUCAGCAAGAAUGUGUGGAUGCAAUGUUGCUAGGAUUACCUGAAAAUGCAUUUGUUUCAAUGUGA